AUGGCCAAGAAAGAUUCCAUUGUUGAUCUAAACAAAGCCCUAGUUUUUCAGGUCGGCCAUCUAGGAGAAGCGUAUGACAAAUGGGUUCACCAACCUAUUAUAACGAAAGAAGGACCCCGGUUCUUUGAUAACGAUGUUUUGGAGUUAUUGACUAAAACUGUAUGGUGGGCGGUUCCAUUGAUUUGGGUACCGGUGGCGUUCUGGUUCAUCUCCAAAUCGGUUAGUUUCGGCGUCGCGUAUUCAAACAUCGCCGCCUUGGUCGUCUGUGGAAUCGCAGCAGCGACGUUGACAGAGUAUAUCAUGCACCGGUUUCUCUUCCACAUCAAAACAACCAGCUAUUGGGGGAACACUACUCAUUAUCUUCUACACGGUUACCAUCAUAAGCACCCUAUGGACGCUCUCCGGCUAGUCCUCCCGCCGGCAGUAACUUUAAUCAUGAUUAUUCCGUUAUGGAUUCUCCUUAAGCUUCUCACGCCUGAAACUGUGACUCCGGCCGUUUUUGCCGGCCUCUUGCUUGGCUAUGUCAAGUAUGAUUGCACUCAUUACUUCUUGCACCAUUCCAAGCCAGGGAAAUUGGGACUUCAAUCGGAGCUCAAGACAUAUCAUAUGAAUCAUCACUUCAGAAUCCAAGAUAUGGGAUUUGGGGUUACCAGUUCAUUCUGGGACAAGGUGUUUGGAACCUAUCCUCCAAGUUAUGACCAGAAGAAGAAGAAAACAUGA